UUUUUAGCAAAUCUCAUGGGUAAAUCUGUUAUCGUUUGUCCGUUGCUGGUGUUUGAAGAGCAGGUGAUACUUAUAAAUCUUGUUGUGUAAAUUAAAUACUAUAUAUUUAUUGCAUCAUGCCAGGAUCCUGUGCACGAUGCAGCACCGUUGUUUAUUUCAAUGAAGAGAAGAUUGCCAUCGGAAAGUCAUGGCACAAGAGUUGUUUCAGCUGCGCUAAUAAACAGUGCAAUCGUCGACUUGACAGCAACAACUUAACGGAACAUGAAGGAGACAUUUAUUGCAAAUCAUGUUAUGGGAAACUUUUUGGUCCCAAAGGGUAUGGAUAUGGAGUGGGGGCAGGCGUUUUAUCCAUGGACACGGCCGAUGCUUACCGCAAUGGACCUCCCACCUGCAAUAUCCCAGCUGUAGCGCAGGCACAUGUAGCUCCUUUACAAGCUCCUGUUGUGUCAAAGUCAUCACAGCCGAAAUGGGGUGGUGCAGACAUCUGCCCGCGAUGUGGAAAAGCUGUCUACAUGGCUGAGAAAAUGAUGGGUGGGGGAUCGGCCUGGCAUAAGACGACAUGCUUCAAUUGCAAGGAGUGCCACAAGAGAUUAGAAUCGAUGACAUUAUGUGAGAGAGAAGGAGAGAUAUACUGCAAAACCUGCUACGGGAAAAUGUAUGGACCCAAAGGCUAUGGAUAUGGCAGUGGAGCUGGCACUCUCCAAAUGUCUUAAUUGAGAUGCACAAGAACUUUUAUCUUUUUUUUCCCAGUCCCUUAUAGCAUCUAUUCAUGACACAUUUCCAAGAAGAAACAAAAGAGCUGAUUUAAGGCAGCUGCACUAAAAGCGGUUUGCUUUGAUUUUAAAAAGACUAAUUUUGUAAAUUGCCUAAUAUCUUGUCAUUUUUCAAACUAUACGUUAUUCAUUGUUUGUUUGUAUACAUUGUGCUUUUUUGUGUUGCAUUUAUGUUGCAUUAUUUUGUUUAUAUCUUAGCACAACUUUAAAUCAAAAUUUAAUAGUUAGCAUCAGUAGAUUUUGCUUUUAACUAAUAAUGUUUUUAUUUAUUUUCACUUUAUUAGUAAUAAUAUAAAUAUAUUUUAAUCUACUAGAAUAAUUAGUACUGUUAAUAUCAAUUGUUAUAAUAACUGUAGAAGAUCUUUAUAAAGCAAAUCUUGAGAAACAGGCUUUGUGUUCUAUAGAAUUUUAAGUUAUAUCGAUCAUUUCACAUAUCAUUAAGCUUACCUUAUCUGUUAAAUGCACAAUAUAUAUAUCUGGAGCUAAUUGAUAAUUAAAUACUUUAAAAUAAUAAUUAGAUGGAAGUUAAAUUAAAACAUGAAAAUACUUUUAAGUGUCUCUUAUUUAAAGGAAAAUAACUGAAAUUAUCGAAAAUAUUAAAAUUAACAAAAACAAGAAUCAUAAGCUUUAGUUUUUUUUUUUUUUUUUUUUGAGUGUUUAGCCACCUUAGCAAUUAAUUUUCUGUGAAUAAUGAAUGACUUUCGCUUAAUUACAGAAAUUUCUCUAAUGCAAUAGGCAACUAAUGAGGGUUGAACCCUCUGAACUUUUUCGCUUUCUCUGUAAACAUUUGACUUAACUGUAGUUAUUGUUCGUAGUAGGAAAAAGGUUCCACAGAUUAAAGAGGAACAAGCAAGUAUUUGUUUAGAUUUUGAACGAAUUUGUAGCAAAUAUUUAUGUUUUUCCUGUAAAUUCAGGGUUGCCACAGACGACUAAAAUGCAACUAUUUUUGGCAUGAGGCGACUAUGGCAAUUUUUUUGCCUGAAAAGGCUAAAAAAGCAUCUAUUUUCAGGAAAAGGAGACUAUUAGGAGACUUUUCAGAACUCUUAGCAAUGUUUUUUUUAAAGCAUAAAUUGGAUGGAAAAUCGGCACCCCACAAUAUAGUUUCUGAACACAUUGAACUUUUUUUUUCUCAAAAAAUAAAAAAUUGUGAAAAUUUUGAAUUGCAAAUUUGAGUCUUCACUUUUUAAUUCGUUCAAUCUACACAGACUCCAUUGUAAGUCUAUUUCAUUUUUCGAUCGUCUUUUCAAUGAUUAUUGCUACGAAAUUCCGCAUGAUUUUUUAAAAAAAUAAAAAAUUUAUACGAUAUUACGAUGCCUGAAUUUUGAAUUUGAGUGAUCACUUUAUGUAUAUAAACAUUUACGUUUAUAUAAAAAUUAUCAUAUUUGCCACCUGAAUGAUCAUGGUAUAUGACAAUUAAGUCAUUAGCAAAAUUUUAGUCAUAUUUUUGAUGAAUUUUUGUUUUUAGUUAGGCAACUAUUUCCUAGUUUUUUGCUGCUAUUUUCAUGUUUUUGGCAACUAUUUUGUUCAUUUUUUUCUGUGGCAACCCUGUAAACUUGGUUACCAGCUAACUUCACUACAUCACAAAAUGAAAAAAGACUAGUUGUUAAUUUUCAUUGUUUACGCCGGCAAAAAUAGUAUGGUUUAUAGCGAGUUAUAGUUUCUAGAAUGGCUUUAUGUAGAUCUUCUAUUGUUUGUAGCUCAACUAAUAUUGUAUGAAAAAGUUGCACUUUGUUAAAUUUGAUCUAGUGUAGUAAUAGUUUAGGAACUAAAUUAAUAUUGGAAAUUUUAACUGUAUGUUGCCUAUGAUCAACUUUUUUCCUACAAAUUCAAUUUACUGCUAGAAAAUGUUGCCAAAACAAUCUGUUUACAUGUUGUUGUUAAUAGCUUCAAAUUUUAAAUAAUGAUGCCAAACAAUGUUUAAUAAUUAAAUUUUUAUUUUGUGUUUUGACAUAAAUUGCUUGUAUGACUGAUUAAAACAAAACUAAUUUAAAUUUCAGUGUUGACAAUGUUCAAGAAUUGUUUGGUACUGGGUAGUUAUAAAUUAGUGAACUUGGAGCUCUGAUAUUUCAAACAUUCCACAAAGAUUUAAAAAAUUUCAUUGAUCAGAUAAAAUAGUAACGAAAUCAGUAUUUUUUUUGGAGUAAGUAAAGUCUCCAUAUUUUUCGUUCAUGUUAUAUUCUCCAUAUUUUAUCAUUAUUCGGCUAUCAACUCUAAACUGAAAAUUAAUCUUGUACGAAUCUAAUUUACAACAAAUGAUCUGUAAUUAAAUUCUCAAGAUUUUGAUAACAUUUUAUUUAGCUCUAAAUAGCCAUACUUCUUGUUCAAGGAAAAAAGUAUUUCAAAAUAAUACUGAGAAUUGGAAAUAUAUUUUUUUAAUGGUGUUGUAAAUGCUUUGGCUGUUUAUUUCCGCAAAAUAAGCAAAUUUAUCAUAGUACAUAUUCAGAAUUGACUUUUUUGAAAUUUCUGUCUGAUUAGCUUAAUUUUUCAAUCCAACAGAAUAUUUACAAAGAUUUUCUGUAGAGGAUGAUUUUUUUCUUUUCUUUUUUUUUUUUUUUUGAAGAGGGAACUUUCAAAGAGUAUACUUUGAAUAAGAGAAUUUGUUUUUGCAUGAUUAUGAAACAUAAAUUUUAAUUGUACUUUUCAAAAAAUUGUUGAAUGGUCAUAGUUUUUUAGUGAGCAUUUUGGCAUUAUUUAUAUCAAUAAAAAUAUUUACUAGCAGAGUUCUGCAAUAUUUCCUGAAAUAAUCAAUAUUUUUUGAAAUGCUACUACAGUAAUAUUCUAAAAUAUAUUCUUAUAAUGUAUUCUGAUACUGCAAACAUCAAUAUCAAUAAUAGCAUGAUUGUUAUAAGCAACAGUAACUGUCAAAUACCAUAAUAUCUUAAUCGUUAUCAACAAGAUAAUUGUCAAAUUCAAUAAUGAAGUGAUCAUUAUCAUCGACCUUUAUUGCUAUGGUGAAUGUCGAUUCUAACUUUUUUUAAUAUCUAUUGUUAUAUAUUUAAAAUUUCUCAUUGAGUGUUUUAAAUAAUUAGUGAUAAAAAUGUUUAAACUUUUUAAUUCCAUUCAGUUGUAAAAAGUGUGCCUAUUGUUAAAAUAAUUUAACUCAGCAGAGCUGAAAUGUUUAUAUUUUCGAAUAAUCUAUCAUAAUAUUGAAAUUGUGAUGUCACUUAGCACUAGUUAUAACUAAUUUGAACAGCAUACAACAUUUUGAAUUGUAAUCAUUUUUCACAACCAUCUACAUUUCCUUUGCUUUUAAUUACUUUUACCCACUAGUAAUUAUAUCAACGAAAAUAUUUUUGAGAUUUAAUAAAUAGAA